GCGUUUAUUAUCCUACCAGAGGGACUGGUAAUAUCGGACUGGGGGACACCAUAAAUGAGAAACUGAUUGUCUUCCGUCAUCUAUCCACUUCCAGAGAAGUUGAAAAAGAAAGACAAGACGAACAAACGGCGUUUGAGCCUCGUGAAAAGUGUACGAGAAGGAAUUACGCUGCCGACCCCAGCUAGGACCAGGGGAAGAAAGAGAAGACCGCUCGAACCUAGUCACUUCCAGCGUGGAGCUACAAGAUGAGAUACUUCUGAGCCACCAAACAAAAACAAAAAAGAAAAAGGAAAAAGUAAGUUAAGGAGCCGAGGAAGUUCUUCAGAAGGAACGAAAACCGAGACUACAUUGUCAUAUCUCAGCACGCUGCCAUGGAAUCAGGAAAGCAAGUGACAUUGCAGCUGAUGCUGGCAGUGGGAGCAGCAGUGAUCGGCUCUGUCCAGUUUGGCUACAACACGGGGGUCAUCAAUGCCCCUCAAAAGGUUAUUGAGUCAUUCAUCAAUGACACUUGGUAUGAGCGCUACAAGGAGCCCAUCACCAAGAACAUGCACACCACCCUUUGGUCUGUUUCUGUGUCCGUCUUCUCUAUUGGCGGUAUCUUUGGCUCCUUCUCUGUCGGACUCUUCGUCAACCACUUUGGAAGAAGGAACUCAAUGCUGAUGGCAAAUGUUCUGGCCUUCAUUUCUGCUGGUUUCAUGGGCUUCUCCAAGUUGGCCAGCUCCUGGGAGAUGCUGAUUAUUGGCCGAUUCAUAGUUGGACUCUAUUCCGGCCUCUCCACAGGGUUUGUGCCCAUGUAUGUGGGUGAGAUUUCCCCCACUGCCCUGCGAGGAGCCUUGGGAACUCUCCAUCAACUGGGCAUUGUCAUUGGCAUCCUCAUGGCACAGGUGUUUGGUAUGGAGGCCAUCAUGGGAACAGCUGACCUAUGGCCCAUCCUAUUGAGCUUCACCUUCAUCCCAGCGCUGGUGCAGUGUAUCUUGCUACCUCUCUGCCCUGAGAGCCCCCGUUUCCUGCUCAUCAACAAGAACGAGGAGAACAAGGCCAAAACUGUCCUGAAGAAGCUUCGUGGGACCACCGAUGUGAGCGCUGACAUGCAGGAGAUGAAGGAGGAGAGCCGGCAGAUGAUGAGGGAGAAGAAAGUGACCAUCCCAGAGCUGUUCCGCUCACCCCUCUACCGUCAGCCCAUUAUUAUCGCCAUCAUGCUGCAGCUAUCCCAGCAGCUAUCGGGCAUCAACGCGGUUUUCUACUAUUCUACCCGCAUCUUUGAGAGAGCCAGAGUGACGCAACCUGUCUACGCCACAAUUGGAGCUGGUGUUGUAAACACCGCUUUUACUGUGGUUUCGCUGUUUGUAGUAGAGCGUGCUGGCCGCAGGUCCCUGCAUCUUUUGGGACUGCUGGGAAUGGCUGGCUCUGCCAUUCUGUUGACCAUUGCCAUGGCUCUUUAUGAGCAGCACACCUGGAUGUCGUACGUUAGUAUCGUGGCUGUCUUUGCAUUUGUGGCAUUCUUUGAAAUUGGACCGGGGCCCAUCCCUUGGUUCAUUGUGGCAGAGCUCUUCUCACAGGGACCCAGGCCCUCUGCCUUCGCUGUGGCUGGCUUCUCCAACUGGACUGCCAACUUUAUAGUGGGCAUGUGCUUCCCGUAUGUAGAGGAGUUGUGUAACGCCUAUGUUUUUGUCAUCUUCACCAUAUUUCUGCUCAUUUUCUUCGUCUUCACCUACUUCAAAGUGCCGGAGACCAAGGGCCGGACAUUUGACCAGAUAUCCGCCGGUUUCCGCCAGUCAGCUGCCACUGGGGGUGAGAAGCAUUCACCAGAAGAGCUCAACAGCCUAGGAGCAGAUUCUCAGACUGGCUUCUAGUCCCCUGCACCUUCUGAAAAGCUCGACACACCCUGACGAGAACUCUUGUACCCCAUAAACUCUCUCUCAGACCAAGAGGGGACCCAGAGGGGCUUACUGACUAGACAUAGAGGUGUACACUGGUAUAAUAAUUUUCACACUGUCAGCAUAUUUGAAGACUGUAUUACCAAGGUUUAUACCUCCGGCCGCCCCUCUCAUAUUACGCAAGUCAUGAAAACUUGAAGGGCACUAGGACCUGUGGCAGAUGUGAGAAGGGGGGGAGUAGGGUAUAAGUUAGCAUGCGCUCUCAUAUUCAGAAGGAAUAAGGGUGGCUGGUGUUGAUCAGCAAACCUUUUUAAUCUUUUUUUUUAUAGAAUAUGCUACAUGCAAUUUUAUUCACUAUGUUCCUUUUCUCCAGUGCCUGUUGCUUUGCUGUCAAUUUAUCAUUUGCUUUGUAAUUUAGGAUGAAUGUCACAGUGCAAAAUUCUUUUUGUGUGUGUCUUUUCUCCAGUAGGGAGAGCAGUUUCCUCAAAAAUGACCCUGUGCUGUAAGAGGUUUUGUUUUGUUUUUGUGUUUUUUGAGGGGGGGGGUUAAAUAAAAGCUGGGGUUUUUUUUUUUUUUUUUACUUUUUUUUUUUCCUUCGUGAUGCUCCUGGAAAACAAUCAAGACCCUUACAAAACUUCACAUCAUGGGGAAAAAAAAGGAUUUUAUUGCAUUUUUUUAAUCUAAAAAAUAUUUAUUCUUAUAAAUGAAAUCACAGAGUAGAUUUUGAUGUGUUUUUAGCCUUAAGAAAGAGAACUUAGUGUGUCCAGAGAACAUAUGAAGAAAAUUUAAUCACGUUUUUUUGUAAAAUAUGCUACUUGUAAUUUUACUGCCUAUUUUCCUUUUCUCCGUUGCCUGUUGCUUUGCUGUCAAUUUAUCAUUUGCUUUGUAAUUGAGGAUGAAUGUUACAAUGCAAAGUUUUUUUUUGUGUGUGUAUCUUUCCUCCCGUAGAGAAAGCAGUUUCCUCAAAAAUGAUCAUGUGCUAUAAGAUGAAAAGUUGUAUUGCUGUGAGAAUUUUUUUUUUUCAGGGGGUAUGGAUUUUUAUUUUUUUGUUUUUCCUUGGUGAUGCUCCUAGUACAAUCAAGACCCUUACAAAACUUCAUAUCAUGGAAAAAAAUUGUAUCGCAUUUUUUUAAUCUAAAAGAGGAUAUUUAUUCUUAUACAUGAAAUCACAGAUUAGAUUUUAAUGAGUUUUUAGCCUUAAGAAAGAACAUGUACAAAAAAUUUCAUUCACAUGUCUAUAUUCCUUUUCUUUUAGCGAUAAAGUUGAUUUAAUUUUAUAUGGCAAUGAAUUCACGAGUGUGUGAGCUCAAUAUCUGCUCAGAUCAGUCUCGGAGCACAGAACAUGGCAGGGAAGUUGAUUAAUCACUUAUCCUGCUACUGUCAGCCAAAAUAACUGUGCAUUCAGUCAGAGUCACUGCUGGCUUAGGUCAACACCAAACCAAAUCCAAACCACAAAACCAAUCUUUUUUUUUUUUAAGAGUUGUCUGUCCUCAAUGAUAAGACUCCUACAUGCUCCUUAUCUUAUUGGUACCAGUUUUUGGGUUGGAUUUUACUCAAGUCAAGACUGAAAGCCACCUUUAACAGUGUAUCUUCACCCAAGUGAUUUUUUUUUUCUUUUUGAGUUGAAAUGUAGACGUUAAGUGGCCAUAGUCUGGCUGAAUUGGCUUGAAGCUGUCUGGCUGACAGAAGUGCGAGCUGCACUCUGUUCUCUUGUGUUGCUUUGGAACAGAAAGCGUCUGUUAAAAACAAAGCAAAAAAAACAAACGAAAAAUGGGGGGGACCAAAUGUGGCUUUCAGCUUUUUGACAACUCUUCAUUAUCUCGAAAGUGCUUCUCACCAGCAUCAGCCUACCAAUGUCCCUAACCCUACAACGGUGUAUAUGAUGUGCCUUUGAAAAUGGACACUUGCGGGUGUGUAAGUGUCACUUUGUGCCCUCACCCAAUUAUGCUUUAUGGACUGGCUCACUUUUGGGUGUUUAUUGUAUUUCUUAGCAAGGGUAACCUGUAUUUGUUUUUCGUUUUUUUUUCAUUUUUUUCUGGUAAUACUUUCAAUUGGGUGGGAAAAAAAGUUAGUCUGUAACUGCUGUGCCUUUUUGAGAACCUUUCUUUUAAAAACAUGAUUUUCACAAAGGUUUUUUUUUUCAUUUCUCAGCAGCACUUUAUCAUCCAUAAUGAUAGUUGUUUUAUCACUGAAAAAAAUUAGCAUGUUUCUGUGCCUUAUUCCUACAGGAAUAAUAAUUAUUGAAGAGAGACGGGGGUACUGUUGAUGGAGGACUUACUCAAGCAGCUUGUUGGUAUCCGUUAACAUGCUGUGUGGUCAGCAUAUCUCGACAGGUUUUCUGAAACCUGUUCAGACAGAGACCAGUCUUUUAGUGAGAAUGACUGUAUUCCUGGUCUAGCACAACACAGUACAAAAAAAAUCAUUGUAAUCAUUCCAUGAUGAGUUGUUGCUGUUUGUAUAUAGUAUGUAUAGGAAAAAAAUCGUGGAUCUCUUUGCCCGUCAAAGAGAAGCGCUGUAUCAUCCACUCUUCUGUGAUGCAUUGACAUAGGCUGCCUUAUGCCUUCAGUAGCAGUAUCACUGUGACAGAUAACCCAAGAUUGCUCAGACAGCAAACAUUAAUACAUUGGCAGUGAAAACUGAAAUCAAUUGCAAUAAUAGGGAAAUACAAAUGUUUUUAAAUUGCAGUUUGGGCAUUUAAGUUUUGACGCAUGCAGUUUAUUAGCAACAUCCAGAAGCAUGCAGUGUUUUAAAAUGUGCUCUUUUUUGCAGGGUAGAUUGGUGGCCUAUACAGUCAAGUCAGAUUUAUUUGUAUAGCCCUUAAUCACAGUUUAUUCCCAGAGGGCUUGAAAAAGGCUGUAUGGUGUAAAUAUGACAUAGAGGCCCAUCUAUCCCCAUCCCCAAAACUGUAUAGAAAUAUUUUGCUUGUAGAAACUUUGAUAGAUGAAUUUAUUAUUAGUGCCAACCUAUCCUCACCUGCUUUGUUUCCUUUUCCUCUGAUCUGAUGCCUUAAGAUGCAUUUAGAGCCAGUUAAGGUCAUUUUAAUUCAGACUAAACAUAAACCAUGGAAGAGUUGUUACUGUAGAUGCAUUCGUUUAGUGUUUUACUUCUGUUUAGUGCACAGUACGUAUUAAAAUGAAGUUUGUGAUAUUUAAAAGAUCCUGUGUGUACCAUGUUGGGAGAAUCUGAACCUCCAUCAGAGGGAUGUGAAAUUGUGCUGGAUGUUGUGACGGUUCUCUGUCUUGUGUCAGAUAUGUGCAGUUGAGUGUUUGAAUAAAAGAGGCCGUGCAUACAGGA